UCAAGAAACGUUCGCCUGGCUUGCAGUGCGAAGCGGAGCAAGAAAUUCAAACGACCGUUAUGGAAUAGGCGCGAAACCUUCUCAAACCGUUGAGGGGAACGAAGAAAAGAAAAGUUAGGGAAAAGUUGUUUUAGUUUAUUUUUUUAGUAUUUUGUUUCUGAUUUAAGUGGAAAUUUGUUUUUUUUAUGUUCGUUACUCUAUAAGUUAUUGCUCGGUUUUGUUCAAAUUUGAUAUAUUUAUUGCACCUCACAAGAAAACGAAACAAGAAAUCACAAAACUAACAAACAAAAAAUCGCACACCAAAAUCAAAGUUUAUUCCAAAGUUUAACAGUGUUUUGAGUGUUACGUUAAAGUUUUUGAGUUUUCAAACACUUUCCUCGGAACCGGAUUAAACAAAUCCGUCACAAUUGCGUUCAACAUGUUCUCGAAAGCUAAGGUGAAGAGAUUUAACGACGUUGAAGUUGUUUCCUCCCCAUCGCCUUUCGUUGAGCCAAAAAUGAAAGAAUCCAGCAAGAAGUCCAAAAAGGAGGAGAAGAUCAAGAUGGGCAGCCAGGACGCCGAGUCCAUCAAAACGACCAAGAGCGCCCUCAGCCUGUUCAGAACGCCCUCCCUCCCGAAGCGCCUCAAGUUCAAGCACAUCUCGGACCUGACGCCGAAAAAGUCCAAAGAGGGCAAGGAGGCCGCCAUCGAGAAGGUUCGCCAGCUGGACCUGGAAGCGGAGCGCGGCGUCGACUGUCCCAGUGCCACCAGCAAGCUGCCCCCGAUCGUACAGCUGUACAACAAGAUCGACUCGAACAAGGAAGCGUUGCAGCGGGCGCGCGAGGAAAACGAAGAGUUGAAGGCACGUGUUCAGGAGCUGCUGGCGGAGAAGCGCCAGGCCGAGGCGGAUCGUGAGCGGAUUCUGGGUGAGAAGGACAACCAGGUGAUGCUGCUGGAGCGGGAGUUGACCAGCAUUAGCAAGGCCGAUGAGCUGCUGCAGGGUAUUGCGGAGGGUUGUUUGGAGAAGGUGAAGGAGAAUGAGCGGGAGAUUCGGGGGCUGCAUGGGGAUUACGAGCGGAAGUUGAUGGAGGUGCACGAGGCCAAGUUUGAGCUGGAGAUGCGGUAUGAGGAGUUGGAGAUUCGGUAUAGUGCGCUGCAGGAGGAUUACCUAGUGUCGGAGGGGGAGAACUACUUGAUGGGUGAGGAGUUGACGAUGGUGCGGGAGAUUUUGGAGGCUCAUGAUAUGGAGCUGCAGCGUAAGGUGGACGAUAUUAAGGAGAUGGAACGAUUGCUGGGGGAUUUGAUGAAGGAGGGUAAGGAGCUGAAGGAGCAGGUCAACUAUUUCAAGCAGCAAGCUGAGGAGGACAUGAUGCGAUACGUGGAGGAGAGCCGCACUACGAUUCGUGACAUUGACACGUUGAAGAAGGAGAACGAGCGGCUGCUGGCACAGCUCGUGGAGAAGAAUGUGGUGAUUGAAGGUAUGCAAGAGGAGUUGAAUGAGAAUCAGUUCGAGAUGGAUGAGAUCAGAGAUGAAAUAAGGACCGAGUUUAACCAGGAGUUGAGAACCGUUUUGAACAAGUACGAGCAGCAAAUUGCGACGUUGAACGAGGUGAAUGAGAUGAAGAUUCGAGAGUGCGAAUCGAUCUUUGUGCUGGAGAAGUCGAAGCUGAUCAAGGAGCACAUGGACAAGAUCAAGAAGCUUGAGCAGGAUCACGAGCGAGAGAUCGAACGUAUUGGUGAGCAGGCCGAAGAGAAGAUCCGCAUCUCGGAAGUGCAGAACGAGGAGCGAUUCAAGGCGCUGGAGCUGUCGAUCCAGAGCUCGAUCUCGAGCGCACUUGCGGCCGAGAAAAUGAGAUGGCAGAAGGAGCUGGACAAGUGCCAGAAGAUUGCCGAGACGGAAAUCAUGCAGUGCGAGUUUGAGAAGCGUGAUCUGCGCACUCUGUGGGAAGCCUCCAACGAGGUGAUCAAGGAGCACGAAAACAAGAUCAACGAGCUGGAGAGAAGACUGCGGGCGGAAAUGGGCGGUAGCAACAAAACUAAGGAAGAGUACGAGUGUGAGCUGAAGGAAGCUACCAAGGAGAAUACUCGCCUGCAGACGGAGAAGUACAACUACCAGCUAACGCUGAACAACACCCGAUCUACGGUGAACAUUCUGAUGGAACGUCUGAAGAAGUCGGACGGAGACGUUGAGAUGCUCAAGUCGGAGCUGGACUCGCUGCUGAAGGGCAAAACCGAGAUGGAAACCGAGAACAACAAGCUGCGUGAGGAAAUCGAAGAGUACCGACGGGUGUUGACGGCACUGCGAUUGUCAUCGACCCAAAUGGAGAAGGAAAUGCGCGACAAGGAGGAAGUGUUCGAGAAGAUCAUGACUUCCGAGGAGGAUGCCAUCAUGACGGUGUCACAGAUGGGCAAACUCUUCAACGAGAAAAUGGAAGAGAGCAUCUCGCGGUAUCUGGAGAUGUACGACGAUCUGAAGAAGAAGUACGAUGCCCGCGAAGCGUACAUUCAGGACAUGAAGACGUUGCUGGACGAGUUCGCCACCGGCAUCGAGCUGGCACGGAUUGAGCUGGAUACCAAAGACAAGAAGAUUUCCGAGUUGGAGAACGAAAACAAGGACAUCAAGCUGGAGAACAUGACGUUCCGAUUCAAGUGCGAGCAGUUUGAAAAGUACCACAGCGAAAGCCGACUGCCUCAGCCAUCGCCCGAACCACCGACCAAGGAGGACGAAGAACUGGUCUCGAACCUGCUGAUCGAGAGCCUCAUCAACCAGCUGGAGAAGGAUGAGGAUGGUGGUAAACUUCACAACAGCGAGCACAUCGAGGUGUUCAAGGACGUGAUCGACAAGGAAACUACCAACGAGCUCAAUGAACAGCUGAAGGCAACGGAGAACAAGCUUCGCCUCGUGGAACAGUUCGCCAAGGAAACCUCGGACAAGUACACCGAACUGCUCGAGAAUCAGAACAACCGACAGAAGUCCAAGAACGCUGAAAGCAACAAGGACAAUCAACAGCUGAAAGCGAAAAUCGCCAAGCAGCAGGAGAUCAUCAAGAAGCACGAAAGCACCAUCCACGGUCUGCAGCAGCAGCUGUCCUGCUUCGACUCGCCUCAGAAGCAGCUGAACGUGUCCGGGCUGUACGCCAUCGCUGGCAGUCCCAAGACCCCGAAGAAGCAACUGCUCGGAUCGCCCUUCCCCGGCAAGGAGAACCGCUCGCCGGCCGUUUAUAGCCCACGGGCCGCGAAUGCGCUGCGCCCGCGGAACAACUAACGGAUUUUGGCGUGUUUUUUUUUUUCUUUACGAAAUUAGUGUGUAAGAAGCGUCUUACUGAGUUAGGGAAUAAUUUAUGUUGGUUUAGAGAUUUUGAAAACGUAUAGUAAGAUUUAACUCUCUUUUUUGUGUCGAGAACAAAACGUUAAGAAUAUUUAUUAGCCGGACAGCCAAAGUGAUAGAACAGAUUUGAUAAAUAUGAAAAAUAAACGAUGCGCAAAAACACGAUAGGAAAAGUUCCUUCACAAUUGCAAACCAGAAAAUGAUUACCACGAAGAAUAAAACAAAUAGUCAAAAUAUAA